AUGUCCACCUCCAAACUACGUGUAGCGGUGGUAGGCGCUGGACCAGGCGGUCUGGCUAGUACUAUCUUUCUCUCUCGACUGCCAUUUGUGGAAUUGAGCGUUUUUGAGAAAGCCCGAGAAUUGCGGGAAAUAGGAGCGGGCAUUACAUUGAAUCAGAAUACUUGGAGGUUGUUAAGAUUGUUAGAAGCUACAGAUGUCUUAGGAGAGGAGUAUAGUACCAGGGGAGAUGCGUCAGUCGUGGACCAACAGCAUAGAAAUGGACUCAGUGGGAAGUUGUUGUUGGAGAAACAUCAAUCAAGUAAGCUUUAUAACCCCUGCUUUAUUGAUGUUUUUGUUGACCCGGAUACACCGGCCAAAUCACGAGUUAAACGGUAUAAACUUCAAAGUGCGCUCUUGUCCAAAAUACCACCAGGAAAGAUUCAGCUGUGUAAAGGGCUAUCAAGAGUAGAUGAGAUUUCCGGAGAGCUAUUUCUCGAGUUUCAGGAUGGGACGAGAGAAGGACCUUUUGAUCUUUUGAUAGGGGCGGAUGGUAUACGAUCUUCAUAUGGCGAGGUAAGACAGCACGCUUUCCCAAAACAUCAUAUAGGUUACACUGGUAAAGUUGCGUACAGAGCUUUGCUACCUCAAUCUUCGGUCGCUCAUAUACCCAACUUACCACAAGUAUCAAAUUGGUGGUGGAUGCCAGACGCGAGGGUGUUCACAGUUGGGUUAGGGGAUCAGUUCGAAAUUGCCGUUUGGGUUUCAGAGAGUGAAGAAGAGGGUGGAAAAGUAAGUUGGGGUCAGAAAGCAGGUAAAGAAAAAGUAUUAAGACAUUGCGAGUCUUUUUGCGAGACUGUACGAGCGAUAAUAUCCAUUCCAGAAACAUGGCUUGAAUUCUCGAUGUUUGGUGGACCAAGAUUAGAGAGGGUAAUAGAGGGUGAGAAAAUCGCAUUAGUGGGAGAUGCUUCACAUCCUUUGUCUGGUGCUUUUGGAGCAGGAGCAGCUUUCGCUUUCGAAGAUGCAUAUAUUCUCUUUUCCGCUAUUCAACACGCAUGGGAUAAUGGACAAACACUUUCAGAGGCAUUGGAGAACUUCGAUUCUGUCCGAGCACCAUUUUACGAAAGAAUAUUCUCCGUCAUAGACCUUAUGGCUUCAAACUAUUCUUCCGCGUUAAAACAAGGUACAGACUUGGAAGAUAAAGUAUCACGAAUAGUCGAUCAGAAUUGGAAAGAUCUUGAAACUUCUUGGAUAUACGAAUAUGACGUUUGUUUCAUUUUACCAUUCUUCAUCAAUUCUCCUGGUGACCAUUCUUCAUUAAUUCUCCUCGUUACCAUUCUUCAUCCUUCUGACCAAUCCCCUUUGCUUGAAUCCUAA